CGAGGGGCCUCACCGGCGGAUUUUACAACUGGGCAAUUAUUCAAAAUAUUACUGUUGGAUAACAUUGCUCGUCUCGUUCGGCGAGCCCCUGUGAGAUGUGCGCGAGAGCAACAUCGGCCUUUAUUUUUAUUUUGGAAGUGUGUCUGCGAGCCUGGGCGCGUUUUAUACCUUGCCUUUCUUUGGGAGAUGAAGUGCUGGAGGCUGCUGUGCUGGAUUUUUCCCCCUCUGAUAAGCGUUUGUUCGAUUUACUCAAAGGAAGUAAGCGUAGUAAUCGAGAAUUCAAUAACGUCAUAAUAAGACUGCUCUCAGAUUACAUUGAAUAGUUGACUUGCUGCGGCGACUCUGUGAUGAGUUGACAGACGAGCCGUGAACUUGCCGUAGACACCACUCCGACAGCCGA